AUGUCCGCCGCGGAGCUCUUCGCCGGCGCGGGCCAGUCCCCCGGCGUCGAGAUAUGGCGCAUCGAAGCCAUGAAGCCCGUCAAGCAGACCGACGUCACGUCCGGCAAGUUUUUCUCGGGCGACAGCUACAUCGUCCUCCACACGUUCACCGAGCGAACCGGCCAGAUCGCGAUGAACGCGCACUUUUGGCUCGGCUCCGAGUCGUCACAGGACGAGCGCGGCGCCGCCGCGCUGCUCACCGUCGAGCUCGAUCAGUUCCUCGGCGAUCUGCCGACGCAGUUCCGAGAGUGCCAGGGAGCGGAAUCGACCGAGUUUUUACAGCUGUUUAAAAACGGCGUGCGAUACCUGGAAGGAGGCGUGGACUCGGCGUUCAACAAGGUGGACAGGGACGCGCACGUGACGACGCUGCUGCACGUCAAGGGCAACAGGAGCGUCCGGGUCAUGUCCGCGCCCCUUAAACUGGAUUCCCUCAACUCGGGCGACGUCUUCAUCUUGGACCUCGGCGUGACGCUGAUCCAGUUCAACGGAUCCGGCGCGUCGCGAAGGGAACGAAUGAAGGCGCUCGACGUCCUCCUCGCCGUCAGGGACGAGGAGCGCGGGGGUAAGUGCGGGGUUAUAUCCAUCGACGAGGGCGACGGGAGGGACGUGGACGGCGUGAACGACUUUUUCGCCGCGCUGGGCGUCGACCCCGCGGAACCGAUUCCUCGCAUCAGAUCCGCCGAGGAGGGCGGAGCCGACGACGACGUCGACGCCACCGCCGCCGGGACGAUCCAACUCCACCGGUGCACCGUUCCCGAGGAGGGUGAGGGCGGCGGCACGGCUGGCGCGGCCGGCGUCUUCACCAGCGAACUCGUGGGCCCCGGCGCGGAUGGCAAAGGGCUGACCAAGGAUCUCCUCGCGACCGACGGCGUGCACGUGUUGAUCAGCGGCGGAUGCGCGUACGCGUGGGUGGGAAAAGGCGCGGGCGCGACGGAGCGCAAGUGCGCGAUGCGAUGGGGAAUGGAGCUCGCGCGCGACGCGGGGCUUUCCCCGAACGCGCCCGUCAAGAUUGUCAAGGAGGGAAUGGAGCCGCCGCUGUUCAAGCAGGCGUUUCAGCGAUGGUCCGCGCCGGUGGCCGGUGCAGGCGCCCCAACGAAGCCCGCUCGUGCUCCUCGAACGAAAAAGUCCGUCGACGUCGCCGCGAUGGCGGCGGGGACGCCCGGAAGGGACAAGGACCGCGGGCGCGCCUUCGACGACGGCGCGGGCGGGACGCUGAAGAUUUGGAGAAUCGAAAAGUUUGAGAAGGUUCCGGUGGAUCCGGAACAGCACGGCGUGUUCCACGCGGGAGACUCGUACAUCGUCCAGUACACCUACGGGGACGAGAGUGGGCGCCCAAAGAACCACGUCAUCUACUUUUGGCAAGGGCGCGACAGCACCGCGGACGAGAAGGGCGCCAGCGCGUUGCUCGCCACGGCCCUGAGCGAUUCCCUCGGAGGGAACGUGCCCCAGAUCAGGGUCGCCAUGGGUAAAGAACCCGACCAUUUCUACUCGCUCUUCGGUGGGAAGAUGGUGGUUCGCGCAGGCGGCGUGGAGGGCGGGUUCAACAGGACCGAAGCGGGAUUUGGGACUGAAGGCACGGACGAAGGAAACGAGGAGGGCGUCGCGCUGUUCCACGUCCGGGGCACCGACGACGUCAACACUCGAGCCGUGCAAGUCGCCGCCGACGCGUCCGCGCUCAACAGCGGCGACUGCUUCGUGCUCGUGCUGGAUCAGAAGGUGGCGGCGGCCGGGAUCGACGGCAAGGCGAGGGUAUUCGCGUGGAACGGCCGCGGAUGCUCCGAGGAUGAGAAGGUUUGCGCGAAGAUGAUCGCCAGCUGUGUCUUGGCGCCAGCCGUCGGACUCGCGUCGGACGCUGACGUGGAGGUCAUCGACGAGGGCGCCGAGCCGGACAUCUUCUGGUCACACAUCGGCGGUAAGAAGCCGUACGCCGAAUUCGGAGAGGGGUACGACGUCCCGCAGGAGCCGAGGCUCUUCCAAAUUUGCGACGCGGUCGUCGGCGGCGUCGGCGUGGCGUGCGAAGAAAUUUUUAAUUUCUGCCAGGACGACUUAUGCGACGACGACGUCAUGCUGCUGGACGUCACGAACGAGGUGUUCCUGUGGUGCGGCGCCGGGGCGAACGAGAACGAGCGGGUGGAGGCGAGGACGCUGGCGGCGGCGUACGUCGCCGCGUGCGCCGAACGCGACGGAAGGGACCCGGAGUGUCCGGUGAAUGAGAUUCGAUCCGGAGCCGAACCGCCGGCGUUUACGUGCCACUUCAUCGGAUGGGACGGAUCCAAGGGUUUAGGGCGGGGUGGACCCGGGGGCGGGUUCGUUGAUCCGUACGAGGCCAAGCUGGCGGCGGCGAGGGCCGACGCCAAGGAAAACGCACGCCCGCCCCCCGCGUUUGCGUCACCCGCGCUCAAGAAGGUUACUACUCGAGCGACCGACGAAGAAGCCAAUGGCGAGACGGGGGAGACGGGCGCCGCGUCGGGAACGUUCGAGAUGCCGAAGCUCCGCGCGACGCCCGCCAAGCCGGCCGCGGCGCACGCGGGUGGCGAGGGCUCGCGGGACGGUGUUGGUUCGUCGUCGGCGCCGUCGGCAACCCCCGGGGUGCCUUCCGAGGCGUCCGGGGUGGCGCCCGUGGACAAACCCGCGGGCUCGGCGACGUUCUCGAGAGCCGAGUUGGCCGCCAUGGACUCGACGUCGGGGAUCGACAUGGAGCGGAAGGAGAGCUACCUCGCCGACGGCGAGUUCGUGGAGGUUUUCGGGAUGGAGCGCGGGGCGUUCGAGUCGAUGCCGCUGUGGAAGAGGCAGGCUGCGAAGAAGAAAGCCGGGCUGUUCUAA